AUGAAGGAAAAGGUCAGAGAAUCACUACCCUGCAGCCUCGCUCCACUAUCAGGGAGCGCCCCGGCUGUCUGCAGCCUGUUCUCACAAACAAACAAGUCCUCCAACAAACAAGUCCUCCAACAACCAGGUCCUCCAACAAACAAGUCCUCCAACAAACAAGUCCUCCAACAAACAAGUCCUCCAACAAACAAGUCCUCCAACAACCAGGUCCUCCAACAACCAGGUCCUCCAAGAAACAACCAGGUCCUCACAACCAGGUCCUCUAACAACCACGUCCUCCAAGAAACAACCAGGUCCUCCAACAACCAGGUCCUCCAAGAAACAACCAGGUCCUCACAACCAGGUCCUCACCACCAGGUCCUCACCACCAGGUCCUCACCACCAGGUCCUCACAACCAGGUCCUCCAACAACCAGGUCCUCCAACAACCACGUCCUCAAACAACCAGGUCCUCCAACAACCAGGUCCUCCAACAACCACGUCCUCCAACAACCACGUCCUCCAACAACCAGGUCCUCCAACAACCAGGUCCUCCAACAACCAGGUCCUUCAACAACCAGGUCCUCUAACAACCAGGUCCUCUAACAACCACGUCCUCCAACAACCAGGUCCUCCAACAACCAGGUCCUCUAACAACCACGUCCUCCAACAACCAGGUCCUCCAACAACCAGGUCCUCCAACAACUACGUCCUCAAACAACCAGGUCCUCCAACAACCAGGUCCUCCAACAACCACGUCCUCCAACAACCACGUCCUCCAACAACCAGGUCCUCCAACAACCAGGUCCUCCAACAACCAGGUCCUUCAACAACCAGGUCCUCUAACAACCAGGUCCUCUAA